AUGCGUGGAUUUCUGUUCAUUUGUUUCUUAGCCUCCGUUUCGGCGGCCAAGUUGGGCUAUAAUUACCAGGCUGCUGCCGGCGAUCGUUUUGCUGGACUUAUUGAUGCGGAGGCCACGGGAUUUAGUUCCACAUCCUCCCAGCACCAGCAGACGCAGCAGCAACUGCUGCAGACGGAAUCGCAGCCACAGACACCUGCAGCUGUGGACGAGUUCAGCAAGGAGUUCUUUACGUUCAGCCCCGAGGAGGAGUUCGCUGACCAUGAGUCCACCGAGCACAUUGCCAGCAUGCUGAAGCGUAACCUCCGGGUGCUGUUCAUCAAGUCGCCGGAGAACCAGGGUCUGACCAAUGCGGCCCUCCAGCUGGCAAAGCAGGCCAGUGAGCAACGCACCGCCAUCUAUGUCCUUAGCAAGCAGGCGGAUGUGGCCCAGCUGGCCCAGAGGAUCCAGAGCGAACAGCAGGCUCAGUCCCAGAACCACAAGCCCGAGGUGCACUUUGUCAAGUACCGCACGCCCGAGGAUGCGGUGCGAGCCCAGCAGCUCAUCCAACAGCAGUUCGAUGCUUUGGGUGGAAGCUCACGCAGCUCCGACGAGGGCGUUGCUCCUGUUCUGGACUUCAGCUCGGCACCAGUAGCCGCUGCUGGUGCUGGACAGGAUCAGCAGCAGGCUCAGGGUCUGGCUGCUCCACUUACAAAGUAUCUGCCAGCGACGGCUUUGCGCAGCAGAUAG